UAACAAUGGAACAGAACCCGUACAAGUAAUACUUUUACUUGGCAAUGAUUCAUUUGUUCUUGCUGAAGGCGAACGAAAGAAAGGAUUGUACCGAUUCCAUAACGUUCAUCAACAUAUGGAUGAACUGUCAAGACGGAAUGUGACAUGUCAGGUUUCUAAUGUAGUCCUUGAAACACCACUCGAAGAACAUGGCAUUCUUUGUAAUGUAGAGGAAGGUAACCUGCCCAUGCUUAUAGUUCCUGAAUUCCUUGAUGGCGAAAGUUCGACAACAAUAUGUGAAGUGCGCAAUGCUAUCCCCGCUCCGGAAAUAAAAAUUCACAUUGACAAUGUAUUACUAGCUGAUGUUCUACAAACCGAUUCAUUUAAUGGAUCAUCUCAUACGUUUACAAGUGUAGCAAAGGUGACAAAGGCUAACAAAACGUGGAAUGGAAAGGAAAUGUGCUGCACCAGCAAAAUUAUAUAUGAUAUUGGUUUAAACGAUAAGACAGUCUGCAAACACAUUGAUAUGAAAUAUCCGCCGUCAGACCUUUCGAUGUCCGUUGACAAAAUACAUGAAUAUAAUAACAAUGUUCAUGUUUAUUUAUUAGACAUUUCUUGUGAAACGAAUGAAUCAAAUCCGCCUUGCACAAUUGAAUGGUCAAGUGGAACCGAUAACUUGCAAUACGUUCGACGAAGCAACUGGACAAAUGGUGACAGUGGGAGGUACAGUUCUGUUUCCAACGUGCGUUUCAGUGUUACUAAAGACAUGGCUGGGACAAUUACAUGUGCAACAAGAUGCGAUCACUUCAAAUCUCAUUUAACUACAAAUUAUACAGUAUCUGUUCAAGGUGACCCAACUCUGAAUUUGAAUACGACAUCACCUGUUGGUAUAAAUCCCACUAUUGCAGUGACCGUCAAAUGUUAUGUUGAUGACUACGAUGCUAAAGAACAAUGGACGCUAUGGUGGAAAGAUGAAAAUAGCACUGUAAUGAAGACUUGUAACAAAACAGAGGAAUGCCUGUUAACACUUAAUUAUACGAGAGAUGGCGAAAAUAUAUACACUUGCAACGCUUGGAAAACAAACGAGCUUCUGAGAUAUUCUUUGACUGUUAUAAGCACACGAACAGAUGGUUCGUAAUUAAGAGCUGAAAUAUCUGUAACGUUUAAGUAUAUGAAAUGCAUUUGAUGUUUAAUUUUUAUGAUAUUAAGAUUUUAUUAAAACAAAACAUGAUAUUGCAG